ACGGGAUCUGGGGAACUGUGUUGGUGCAUACGAUUUGUAUACGCAGUGAAAUCUGGAACUGGGCUGAGACUGACCCACCGAGAGAGAAAUUCGCCAUGAGUCGGUUACCAAAGUACAUAGAAGCUGAUGAUGUGAAGCGAAUACUAAAGAUGACUGACUUGAUACCAAUUAUAGAGAAGGCAAUGGGAGAUUUUUCUAAAGGAGAGGACGGUGGUGUAGUACAGCCUGUUAGGAGCAUUAUACCAGUUGAAAAACAUGGCGGUUUUUUUGGUGCAAUGCCUGCUUACAGUGAAAAUGAUGCAGCAUUGGCCACAAAAUUGGUAACAUUUUAUCCAAAGAAUGCAGGCACUGGCCUACCAACCCAUAUGGCUGCAAUAAUACUAUUCGAACCUUCUACAGGUGAAUUGAAAUCGAUACUGGAUGGUGAAGUAAUAACCAGCAUGAGAACUGCAGCUGCAUCAGCAGUGGCAACAAAGUAUUUGGCUUCCGAGAACUCAAAAAUUCUGUGCAUACUUGGUUCUGGUGAACAGGCACGAAGUCACUACAAAUCACUGCAUCAUAUUUGCAAUUUUGAAGAGGUGCGGGUUUGGAGCCCAACCUUAAAAAAUGCACAAGCAUUCUCGUCUCAGCUGAAAUCGAAAGUUUGCGAAACUGCAGAAGAAGCUGUUAGGGGUGCUGAUGUCAUAGUAACAGCAACUUUUGCAAAACAACCGAUUGUUGAAUGGGAAUGGGUCAAACCAGGGGCUCAUAUAAACGCGGUUGGAGCAGUUAAUAUAAAAUGGCAAGAGUUAUCAUCUGAACUGAUGCAGAAAUCUGUGGUGCACGUAGACAGUAGAGAAGCUGCGAUGAAGGAGUCUGGUGAUGUCAUCAUUUCUAAAGCUGAAAUCUUUGCUGAAAUCGGUGAUUUAGUAAAUGGAACGAAGGAAGCACAAAGAGAGAAAACUACUGUGUUCAAAUCUUUAGGUAUAGCAAUAGAAGAUGCGGUUUCAGCAAAAUUAGUAUAUGAUAAACAUAUGGAAAAUCAAUAGAAAUAUUAUUUUUUCAAUCCAGCAUAUUAUUUUAACCAAGACAUGUAACUAAGUAUAAUUAUAAUUACUAAUCAACAUUUAAUUCACAAAUAAAAAUAAUUCCGAUUUUCUUUAAUAUU